UGAAGACGAUGCUAGAGAGAAAUAACAAUAGAUAGAGUAGAUGUUAACAGAGGUUUGAAAGAUAUAAAUGUUGGAAAGGAUAAGCCUUGACCAAGAACUUGCCAUCAUCCUGUACACCCACGUCUGCAACCAGCCAUCGUUUUCCGUAUUCGACACCUUCUUCUUCGACUUAUCUCUCUAAAUUAAUUUGUUGCUUCCCACUAAAAGCAAUCCAUCUUCCCAAUUAUCACCCAACUAGGGUUUAUACAUUAUAUCAAUGUAUAUUAGGAUCUGAAAUAUGGAAUAAAAUAUUCGGAAGACUGCUCUUUCCAGAUUCAAUGAACCUGGACGAUUUCCUGGCAUAUCACCCUUAGGUCAGCUGAGUUUAUCAGGUUUACAGCUGAGAGGCGAAGAAAAAUACACACAUUGACAACGAAAUAUGGGAUUAUUAAAAGAACAAGGGGUGGUAAAGGUGGCCAUUCUUGUUUACUUCGAAGAUGGUUAAUGGAAGGAAUGACGAGCAAAUCAGGGAUGAGCCAGGGGUAAUUCCGUACUCUUACAAAGUCAAAGAGCCUCCAAAGCAGGGUCUCUUUACUGAAUUCAAGUCCACUGUCAAGGAAACAUUUUUCCCGGAUGAUCCUUUGCGUUCUUUCAAGGAUGUAUCAACUUCGAGAAAGUUUGUUCUUGGCUUGAGAUCUGUUUUCCCUUUUCUAGAUUGGGCAAGGGGUUACAAUCUCACCAAGUUCAAAGGGGAUUUCAUAGCUGGACUUACCAUUGCAAGUCUUUGUAUUCCUCAGGAUAUUGGAUAUGCAAAGCUUGCAAACCUUCCUGUGCAAUAUGGCCUUUACAGCAGUUUUGUUCCUCCUUUGGUUUAUGCAUUCAUGGGAAGCUCAAGAGAUAUUGCCAUUGGUCCAGUUGCUGUUGUGUCUCUACUUCUUGGAACCUUGCUGCAAAAGGAGAUUGAUCCAGUUAAAGACAAAGCCAACUACCUUAGUCUUGCAUUUACAGCUACAUUCUUUGCGGGAAUCACCCAAGCAACACUUGGUUUCUUUAGGUUGGGUUUCUUGAUUGACUUUCUUUCUCAUGCUGCCAUUGUUGGCUUCAUGGCAGGAGCUGCAAUUACUAUUGCACUCCAACAGCUGAAAGGUCUUUUUGGUAUAAAGGUUUUUACAAAAAAGACGGAUAUAGUUCAUGUCCUGAAAUCAGUAUUUCAUAAUGCCCAUCAUGGGUGGAAUUGGGAGACGAUACUAAUAGGUGUAUCGUUCUUGGCUUUUCUUCUUCUCGCCAAGUUCAUUGGAAAGAAGAACAAGAAACUCUUUUGGGUUCCGGCAAUUGCCCCUUUGAUUUCAGUUAUCAUAUCGACAGCUUGUGUUUAUGGUUUUCGUGCGGAUAAGAAAGGUGUCCAAAUUGUGGGUCAUAUCCCACAGGGCAUCAAUCCUUCAUCUGUCCAGAAAAUCUUCUUCUCUGGCAAACAUUUAUUUGUGGGUUUCAGGAUUGGUGUUAUUGCAGGGUUGAUCGCACUUACGGAAGCUGUUUCGAUUGCUAGAACAUUUGCAGCAAUGAAGGACUACCAUAUUGAUGGGAACAAAGAAAUGGUAGCGUUAGGAACCAUGAACAUCAUCGGCUCGAUGUCAUCUUGCUACGUGACAACAGGAUCGUUUUCGAGAUCGGCUGUGAAUUACUACGCGGGAUGCCAUACAGCAGUGUCGAAUAUUGUGAUGUCGAUGGUGGUUAUGUUGACUUUGGAAGUGAUAACACCUCUUUUUAAGUACACCCCGAACGCAAUUCUAGCGUCCAUCAUUAUUAAUGCCGUGCUUGGAUUAAUAGACAUCGAUGCAAUUAAACUUAUUUGGAAAAUCGAUAAGUUCGACUUCCUUGCCUGCAUGGGAGCUUUCUUUGGUGUCGUCUUCAUUUCUGUUGAGAUUGGCCUCUUAAUUUCUGUAUGCAUAUCGUUUGCGAAAAUUCUUUUACAAGUGACUAGGCCUCGGAUUGCUUUGCUGGGGAAUAUUCCGAGAACUUCGGUAUACAGAAAUGUAUUGCAGUAUCCAGAUGCAUCUAGGAUUCCGGGGCUGUUGAUUGUUAGGGUUGAUUCCGGGAUCUAUUUUUCAAAUGCUAACUAUAUCCGUGAGAGGACUUUGAGGUGGCUAACUGAGGAGGAAGAACUGAUUAAAGAUAAGGACCAGAGAAUUCAAUAUGUGAUAAUCGAGAUGUCGCCUGUAACCGACAUAGAUACUAGUGGCAUUCACGGAUUGGAAGCGUUACACCAGUCUCUGCAUAAAAAAGAAAUCAAGCUUGCUGUAGCAAAUCCUGGACCUGUUGUGACAGAGAAGCUGCAUUUAUCAAAAUUUGUAGAGUUGAUUGGGGAGGAGAACGUGUUUCUCACUGUCGCAGAUGCCGUUCGCAGGUGUGCUCCCCUUGCAGGACCAUGAAAAGUGUUGAAUUGAAUUCGGGUGUUGGUAUUAUUCAUUGUUUAUUUGCCUUGUUUGUUUCCCUAUACGCGGUUGUUGUGAUAGUUGACUGAAAAAAGUGCAUUUUUGUGUUUCCGCGACUACAUCCAAAGAAGCCUUACUUGCAAACCGCAAUGGAUUGGAAGAGAAGCAAACAAAGUUGCCCUUUAUUUUAUUUCAUUGCUAAUCUGGAUCCUUUGGUCAUUUUCCCUUCCCCUUAGCUCUUUGCUUAUUGUACUUGUAUCAAAUGGAUAUGCUAAUUAAUCUCUAAUUUACUUAAUGUUCAGGAAAAGAUAAGUUAGCAUCAUUGAAGAAUUCAAAUAUCCAAGUUUACCAUAUUAACAAUAAA